CGCUAAAGAUUGACAAGCUCGGAAGCCCAGCCCCCUGCGUCACGCGCCUGACGUUGAGCUGCAGGCCCUUUUCGUUUCCAGUCUACAGAUCUCCAUUUUCUUAUUUCCCGAUAGCUAGGAUCAGAAGACGAAAAGCGUUGCAAAAUGAAUGAAGAGUACGACGUUAUCGUCCUGGGCACCGGGCUUACGGAAUGCAUUUUAUCAGGCAUCAUGUCAGUAAAGGGGAAGAAGGUUCUUCACAUGGACCGCAACUCGUACUACGGAGCUGAGAGCGCUUCUAUCACACCACUGGAAGAUCUCUACCAGCGCUUCCACCUGCCUGGCACCCCUCCAGAGUCGAUGGGAAAGGGACGGGACUGGAAUGUGGACCUCGUCCCAAAGUUCCUCAUGGCUAAUGGCCAGCUGGUCCGCAUGCUGCUGAUCACACAGGUGACUCGCUACCUGGAUUUCAAGGUGAUUGAAGGCAGUUAUGUGUACAAGGGAGGGAAGAUCUACAAAGUGCCCUCCACUGAGACUGAGGCCCUGGCAUCCAGCCUGAUGGGAUUGUUUGAGAAGCGACGCUUCCGGAAGUUCUUGGUCUUUGUCGCCAACUUCGACGAGAACGACCCUAAAACCAUGGAAGGCGUGGAUCCCAAAAAGACCACCAUGAGGGCCAUUUUCCAGAAGUUCAGCCUGGGACAGGAAGUCAUCGACUUCACCGGCCACUCCCUGGCUCUCUACCGCACAGACGAGUACCUGGAUCAACCGUGUAUGGACACAAUAAACAGAAUAAAGCUUUACAGCGAGUCCCUGGCCAGAUAUGGCAAGAGCCCGUACCUCUACCCUCUGUACGGGCUGGGAGAGCUGCCGCAGGGCUUUGCCAGGUUGAGUGCCAUCUUUGGUGGGACGUACAUGUUGAACAAGCCCAUAGAGGAGAUUGUGAUGGAGAACGGGAAGGUGGUGGGAGUCAAGUCUGAGGGAGAGAUUGCAAGGUGCAAACAGCUGAUCUGCGACCCCAGCUACGUCAUGGAUCGUGUGAAGAAAGUUGGCCAGGUGAUCAGAGUCAUCUGCAUCCUGAGUCACCCCAUCGCCAACACCGGUGACAUCAACUCUUGCCAGAUCAUCAUCCCACAGAAUCAGGUUAACAGGAAGCACGACAUCUACGUUUGUAUGAUCUCUUUUGCUCACAACGUGGCCGCAGCGGGUAAAUACAUCGCAAUCGCCAGCACCACAGUGGAGACGAACGAACCCGAGAAAGAAAUUAAGCCGGCCAUGGACCUCCUGGAGCCCAUCGAGCAGAAAUUUGUCAGCAUCAGUGAUCUGUACGAACCCACUGACAUGGGCACUGAAAGCCAGAUCUUCGUCUCCCGCUCUUAUGAUGCCACGACUCACUUCGAGACCACCUGUGCUGACAUCAAGGACAUCUACAAGCGAAUGACUGGUUCAGACUUUGACUUUGCUGAAAUGGAGCGCAAAAAGCAGGACAUCUUUGGUGACGCCGCAGAGUAGAGGCAACACAUCCACAGUACUCCAGAUUAUCAAAGAUGGCAAUUACGGAAUUCUUAAAAAACAAAACAAAUAGAUAAACUACAGAAAUGUGUAUUCAUGGGUGGGCUAACCAGAUAUCCAGGUAUACGGUUUGCCCUCUGUGGAAGUUUAUGAUCUAUAGAAAGAUAUGAAAUAGUGUUGUUGGAUAGGGUUCAGAAAGGGAGCAUUGCUUUUUUCAGAUCUCAUUCAGGUGGAUGUUGCACUAAAUACAGUUUAUGCCUAUUAGUCAGUACUUUAUACUUUUGUGAGUCAUCAUGUUUAGAUGAAGCAUAAUCCAAAGACCCUAAAUCAAAAAAAGAAUUGAUCAGUAUCUUUAAAAAAAACAAAUUCUGGGUGGGUGGGUGGGGUCCACGUUUCUGGGUUUUUUGUUUUUUUUUUGUCAUUAUUCAGGUUCUAAAAGAUGUACAAUAUCUCCAACACCAUGUUGUUUCUGCAGGUGUUUGUUUUCCAUGUCUGACUGAAAGAGAGGUGGCUUUGUCCUUUUUGUAUUAAAUCUUGUGAGCAACUUUGUUCUUUGCAGGGUGUCGUAAUUUCAGCAAAUAAAGACCUGUGACAGACGGGGUCUCACUUCUGACACACUGCCAGGACAGUAUGCUUUACUGUAAACAAAGUCACGCUGAUGACCGGACUCAAGGGAAAACUACCUGAAACUACCAACAGCUGGAGUUCCUAGAAAGCAGCAGACAUUUGGAUCUAUGCCUGGUGAAACGAUCCAAACAUUGUUAGCGGAUGGCAAAUAUGGUUCACUGUAAUUACUUAUGAAGGACCAAAUGUGUACUGCUGCAGUAUUGAACUGAUGAGAGCCUCGUCUCUGUUUUGAACAACUGUAAAAGAAAAACACUUGGCCUGGGCUCAAAUGAUUUCUGUACUGCAAAGUAAAAAAAAAAUAAAGCAAAUGACUUGUA